GCGCCCCCCGCGGCGGACGCGGCCGCGCCGCUCGGGCGCCCAGGUGCCGCCGGGCCGCCGCGGCGCCGAGCUGCUCCCGAGGCGCCGCCCGAGGCGGCGGGCGCAGAGGCCCGCGCGGGCAGAAGGAUGAGGGCGGCGCCCUGCGGGGGAGCGGCCGCGGGCGAGGGCCCCGACCACCCCUACCAG